AUGUUUUCUAGAGUGAGUCUGAUUCUGAUCGGAGCUGCAUAUAUCUACUAUCAGGUCAACGCAUUAGACUUUGGCAUUGCUGAGCUGGAAGUGGAAAAUAACAUCACGAUGGAGACCCAGACUAUCUUGUCACUUUUGAACAUGUCAGUGUCAAUCCCAGAUCGAAACGAUGUUUCCAUCAACGUGACGAUUUCAGAAAUCGAACUGGUUUCAGAAUGCUUUCUGAUUGGAGACACAACCAGUUGCAAUUGCUCUGUCGGGUACAGUUGGAGCAACGAAGUGUGCUAUAAUUCCUCAUGCUGCACCGAAACAACUUGCACACAAAACGUGGGCCACAUCGAACCACUCUGCGUUGCUAAAGUCCAAGUGUCCAUCAAUGGAUCUGUUACGCUGACGUCGGGAUCCUGGGAUGCUGACAAAACUACAAAGCUGGAGAGUGCUUUCAGAUCUCGAUUGAAUGGCUAUGAGUCCCUAAACAUAACUGGUAGCAGUGCCGAAACUGCUGACUUCAAGGCAGUCGUCUGCAUCAAACUAAAGACCUCUGUACUUAAUCAAUUGCUGGAGGAUCUGAUGGCCAAUCUCUCAGCUAAGGUUCGGGUCGACACUGUAGGAAUGGUCGACAUCACAGCUCCAGAUGAUAUUGUGUGCUACAAGUCCACACCAACACUGGAAUGCACAUUUGAGGAGGUAACAACCAGCACUGGCUGGAAGUUGAUCAGGGAACACGAGCAUUUGGAGCUCACGGAUGGUACUGUGGUGACUCUAGCCAAGUGCGAUAUUGAUUCGAAAUACAAUUGCAGUAUUGCAGUUACACUCAACGAAGUGACCGGCUCCGGGUCAGCAUCCUUCCACACUGUUGAGUCAACGUUUAGAGUUGUCCCGGGGAUCUCCGCCUCGACGAUCGACAUGUUUAUGCGGCCACUUAGAUGUCUGACGGGGAGCAGCAGCGAUCUAACGCUAUCGCGCCAACUGAAAAAUACGUCAUGUUCCAACCAUGCCCAUGUGGGGACUGGGGAGUCUCGCUACAUGGCCUUGGACCAAUCCCCCACCAUCAUCUUACCGGCUCCGGGGAGAGACAGCCCAGCUCCCCGACUAGCGGAGAUACCGUCUCUCCCCGUGGAGAAGGCGAGACAGUGUAGCCCAGGCUCCACCGGCCCGGCUCCGUCUCCCCCCGGAGCCAGUGCGAUGAUGGUGGGGGGUACAUAUGAGUGUCGAUUCACUUUUGGGUCAGUCACACACACAGCCAAGGCAAAGCUGAAAGUGUCACUCCUGCCUGAAGUGAUCACCAUGAAAAUCGACCCACCUGUAGCAGACUGUUCAGACAGCAGUAACUUAAAAGUGCCUGUGCCAGUGACUGUGACUGCCACCAUCCAAAAUAGCAAUGAGAGCUACAACGUUUCGUGGCAAUUCCCUGGAGCGAAGCUAAGUAGAGGAUCCGAACAAGCUCCUAGAGAUAUCCUGGUCUAUUCUCUCAGGUCUGAGUUCUCAUGCGAGGAAAGUACUGCAACAAAAUGGGAAGUCAGUUUUAAAAACCAAAAAGGACAGACGAAAAAUGAAAGCGUGGAUAUCCUAGUAAUUCAUGUGUCGAAAAAUGUUUGCCCUGCUGAAGGGAUUUGGCCUAAAACCCCAAAUGGAGCUACAGUGAUUAAUCAGUGUGAAAACGGCAAGACUGGUUACAAGUCUCGUACUUGCGGUAAAGAUGGUGUGUGGCAGACAGAGUUCUCCACCUGCAUCAGCAAAGAGUUGAAGAAAGUUCUAAAUGAAGCAGAGGUCUUCAAGACGGGCAUAGGGGCUACACAGGAAGCAGCCAUGUGGAUCUUUGAAUCACUUAAAAAUACCACUACAUCUAAAUCCAGUAACGACUAUGCUGGAAUCAGUGCUUCUAUCAGCAUAAUAAAUAUAAUGGCCUCUGGAUCAGAAAACAUAAUCUUGAAGGAAGAAGUCUUUGAUGAUUUUCUUAAUGCAGCGAGCAAUUUAUUGGCCAACAACUGGACAGGAGUCAACGAAUCUAUAACAAAUGACAUGUCAUUACAAUACCUUUACGGUGUGGAGAAUCUGGUGAAGAACAUCCAAGUGAACAACACUUUGAAUAUCUACAAACCAAACUUGGACCUCAAAGUCUCAAAAGGGGACUGUAAUAUCUCUGUGUUCGAUGUGACUGUUAAACUCACCGAGAGUGGCGGACAGGUCAAAACUGUUGGUGUGAGAAAUCUGAUGCAUAAAUUAAAUAACAGUUUCAAACCAACAUCAACAGUUCCGCAUAACCUUUUACUAAUAGUCACAAAGAACGGCAGUUCUUCUACCGAGAUUACAAUGGACUUCCCCAUCAAGAAGCUGAACAACGCACAAAAACUACAUUGUGUCUUCUGGGACACCAAUAUAAAGGACUGGUCAGACACAGGUUGCAGAGUUGAACGUGAUAGUAAUCACAGUGAUGGUAAUCACACACUCUGCAAGUGCAACCACCUGACUUCGUUCGCUGUCCUCAUGUCCAAGUCCAAUACACCUAACCUCGACCUAGAUACCAUUACCUAUGUUGGCCUGGCAGUGUCAAUCUGCUCUCUGUUGAUCCUCCUCAUCAUUGAGGCUCUUGUUUGGUCUGUUGUGGUCAAGACUGAUCUCUCAUAUUUCCGUCACACAGCACUGGUGAACAUCGCUGUGUUCCUCUUGCUCGCUGACUGCAGUUUUUUGGCAUCUAUGUCACCUGAGAAUCUCAGUCCUCACUUGUGCUUUAUUUUGACCUUAUGCAAACACCUAUUUUAUUUGGCCAUGUUCAGCUGGAUGCUGUGCAUGAGCGUCAUGCUCAUCCACCGGCUCAUCUUUGUCUUCAGCCCGCUAAGGAAAAGAGUCUUCAUGUUCCUAUCCAGUAUUGUAGGCUACGGUUGCCCAGUUCUCAUUGUGGGAAUCAGCUAUGUGUAUUGCAGAUACAACGAGAAGGAAUACUAUAACAAGAAAACAUGCUGGCUAGUUUUUGAUGGAACCUUGGAUGGCUCAUUGUAUGCUUUCCUCCUCCCUGUGGGAACUGUUAUUUUCAUAAAUCUUUUUUCCAUGGCGGUCGUCAUUUUUACUCUGUUGAAGUCCUCCGCCCCUGAUGGCAGCAAGUCGGAUGAGAAGGAGACAUUUAAGAGCAUCAUAAAAGUGGUGGUCUUUCUCACACCAGUUUUCGGAGUAACAUGGGGUAUUGGCUUACUUCUGCAAAUAUUCAAUGCGGACCACGAUGCAUACCCUUUUGUUCUGUACAGUUUCACCAUCCUCAACUCCUUCCAGGGCCUUUUUGUGAUGUUAACAGGGGUUUUUGCAGAGCCAAAGGUGCGUCAAGAACUGUUAAAGCGCAUGGAUAAAGGAAAAUAUGACACCAUGAAGAACUCAACCUCAGCCUCAAACACAAAAGAAAGAUGAAGGCAAAGGUGAUGCCGAGAGAAACCGCAACUCACAUGUAGUGUACAUGAAGAGAAAAUGGCUUAGAGUUUAAUUUGUGGUAUAUUAUAGUUCCAAGACACUUACAAAGAUGUGGAUGUUUCCCCUAAAACAGGUUUAAUUAUUAAUUAAGUUGUAUUAUAUAAUCUGGUGUUUCUAAAUGUUGUAUGCAUAUACAAAAAAAUUGCUAAGACAAUUUUAUUCAAAAGGAAAGUCUGUAGAUUGAAAUUAUGUGACAUGAAUAACAUAGCCUGUAUGCUAUAUUUGCAUAACCACUAUAUGUAUCUCAAAACUAGUUAAACAUAGGAAUAAAGAAAAGGGAAUGAAAGGGUUUUGGUUACACUAGGUGCGAUUUAAAUAGUUAUUUCCAGUCUUGUGUUAUUCACAACAGAAAUAAUGUCAGAAAACACUUGAUUACUUUUAUCAUACAAAUAAACCACAUUCAGGACAUAAAGGUGCUGAUGCAAAGUUCUAUAUUUGGAAAGCCUUUAGAUCUGUCUCAAUGAACAAUUUUUUUUUUAAAUAUGGGGACGUAUUAAAGAAAGGCCCAAGAUUAAUUUGCAUAUUUCCCCUAAUAUUGAGUUUUCAUUUAGUUUGAUUUCACAGCUGAAUGAUGCAGUGGACGAGUUCGUCCUCCACAGAGUGUUUCACUGAACUCUCCUGAUGACCGUGACAAUGGCUAUUGUCACCUCACCAGUCAUUAUAUACAACAAAAAUUGCUAAACACGUCAGGUUUCACAUGAAUGCACGUCCCAAGUUUGUAUUUGCUAUAGUCCUGAUGCACUAAGCUGUGUCACCAGGCUACUAAGAGUUGGGUUGAUUGAUUUUUAUUAUAGAUUUUUAUAGGACAGUUUGACAAUUUAAAACUUGCUCACUUGAUUUAUUUUAUAGGUUAGAUCAUGUCAAGAAUAAUCAAGAUCUCACAGCUGAAAUAUGAGCUAAGAGCAUAAAGUAACAUGUAGAACUACUCCUCUGGUUUGCUUAUAUAACCUCUAUAAUGUUUAAAGUUACAUGCAUAUAACACAGUAACGUAUCAUGUUAGAGAUAAAAAAGUUGGAAAUGUAAUCAGAAUCUUUUAUAGUUUUGGGGUAGAUGUUGGAUAUUUUUCAAUAACGUUUAAAAUAUUUUUUUUCCCUUUUCAUAUGUGUUUCUUUUCUUAAGAAUAAAGGUUUUAAGUUCAACAUUGUCGACUUUGUUUAAAGCAUUAUGCAUGUUGAAGUUAUGGGUUUGUGUUCAACCAUGAAGUGCAGGAUGAGAAGCUAGAUGGAAGAUAACAUGCUGUGCAAAGUUGGUGCAGCCAAACAGAAAUGUGACACGAUGUUUGUAACGUGACACAACACUUAAUAUAUAUGAUAUAAAAUGUUAGAAGUUGCUAGAUUUAUACCAUAUCAGUUCAUGGCCCAAGACUGGUCAUUUCUAUUGGUAGCGUGGCAUUGUUUAAUGAUGAGUUAUUAUGCUUUAGAGUUCAAGAGAAUAUAAAGACGUGAGAAGGGGGUUGGUCAGUUCUUCUAUGGCUCCUUUUACACACAGUGGGACAAAGACCCCCUCCUCAGCCUAGAAUCAGAAGAACGGGAAAAACUGACACUUCUCAACUUAGAGAAAGUUUCCACAGAAUAAAUAGUCAAAUUGGAAAAUAUGCACUGAGGCCAUCAAAAGACUGACUUUUUAAAGAAGAUUAGACUUUGUAAUGAGUUUUGAAUUUUAACAGAAUUCAAGUUUCUGGUAGGAAACGAGUUUCGGAUAAAGCGGUGCUUGCAUUCCUUCCUUCUCACAAAAUUUAUAUUAGUUUUCAUCGCAUUUACUCUUUAUUAAUUUGUAUGUUUUAUU